AUGAGAAUUUGCGCGUCAAAAAAAUUCGGCUGGGACGCGACCAUCUGCGCGGUGAAUCCUAAAUUUGUGGAGUCGGUGGGCGGUGGCUCGUUUGUGGUCAUACCCUGCGCCCGUGUGGGUCCCCUGCCCAUGGACUAUCCGACAGUGAGCGGACAUGGCGGCUGGGUGCUGGACAUUGCCUGGAGUCCGCACAACGAUAACAUUAUUGCCACGGGCUCCACCGAUGGUGUGGCACGUGUCUGGGCCAUACCCGAUGCCGGACUGUCUGAGCCACUCGAGCGGGCUGUCGUUGAUUUGAAAUUUCACAAAGGACGCUGCUGCCUCGUGCUGUGGCAUCCGUCGGCCGUCAAUGUGCUGGUCACCGGCGGCUCGGACAAUCAGCUGGCCAUCUGGAAUGUGGGCACGGGACAGCUGCUCAAGCUGCUGGACACGCACCCGGCCCUGGUGUACAGUGCGUGCUUCAAUUGGAAUGGAUCCCAGCUGGUGACCAGCUGCCGUGACACAAUGCUGCGUGUCCUCGAGCCACGCACGGGCCAGCUGCUCGGCUCGGCGGUGUGCCACGAGGGCGCGCGUCCGACACGCGUAAUUGUGCUGCGCCAGGGAUUGAUCUUCACCACCGGGUACAGUCGCAGCAUGCAGCGCCAGUACUCGCUGCGUUCGCUGCAGCAGCUGGAGCCACCCCUGGCCCUGGUCGAUGUGGACUCGCAGAUUGGAUUGCUCUUUCCCAUCUAUGAUGCGGACACAAGUCUGCUGUUUCUGUGCGGACGCGGGGAUAACAUUUUGCGUUACUAUGAGGUAACGGACAAGCCGCCGUUUCUGCACUACAUCAACACAAUCGCCUCGAAGGAGUCGCAGCGUGGCGUCUGCCUGAUGCCCAAACGUGGCUGCAACUUGCCGAACGGGGAGCUGGGAAAGAUCUUUCGCCUGAAUAGCAAAGGUGUCUGCGAGAUUAUGUCGUUGACGAUGCCGAAGGAGCUGCCCGAGCAGCUGUUUGCGGCCACCCCAGCCAUUACAGCCGUCGAGUGGGACGCGCGCCCUCGUGGCACACCGCCGAGCCGAGCAGCUCGGUCUGCUGUUUCUGUGCGGACGCGGGGAUAA